CGUCACCCUUCCCCGACAGGACCGCUGCAGUGUGGGCAUCCAACGCCUACGUCCUUCGCCUGCGGGUGGCUGUCGGCGCCGUGGUCGGGAUCUUUAUCUACUCUUUCUUAACAGCUGUUUUUCUCCUCGGAGCCCUGAUGGUCGGUUACUUCAAAGACCCAGCGACGGAAGACGUGAUCAACGGCGUCUACUUCUUCCUGAACACCCUCGUGCCCAUCGCCACGACCAUGUCCUGCUACGUGGCUAUGAUCAUCGCGAUGCGGCGCAACGGGCGGCGCAUGGCCAAGGUGCAGUCCAGCCACUCCCGCAUCGUCAACAACGCCACCCGCGGCAUGAUCGCCGUGUUCGCCUCCAACCUCCUCUUCGGCGUCCCUCACUCCGUCUACCACAUGCUGCCUCGUCCGCCUCAGUCCUACGGCAUCAUCUUCCACGUCCUCUUCUCCACACACUUCGUCGUCGAUCCAAUUGUCUUCAUGUACUUCAACCACAGUUACCGGCGGCGCGUGGGCGAGCGCUUGUGGGCGGCGUGGGUUUGGGCGGUCGGAAUGUGCGGCGCCCCCACGCCCAAGACGCCCACGCCCCUCACCGCCAGCACCACAACCUCGUCGGGCGGGAAGGAUACCCUCCACAGGCAGCACCAACACGCAGAACAAAAUGUCUAACGUCUGAGUCCUCUCGCUUAUCUCCUGAGAGGAAGCGGAUAUUUAACCCUUUGUCUCCGGCUCUCUGUUGUGCACGGGAGCGCCUCGCCUUGGGGAUUCGUGGGGAUUGCCCGGGAGGAGGUGUGCGCGUGGAGAGUGGCGCACAUGGCGAGGUCCCUGCAUCCUGUGCGAGAAGUAUUUGCUUGGUAACAGCGAGUUUGUAUCCUGAUCAAACUGCGUGUAAUUUAUGUAUGUGUAGUUCAGUAAGGUUUUAACAUUAACGCGUUAGGUGUUAUGUUUAUAACUUUGAUUGUGAACUCAUUGCUGGUUGUAUUCACAGAGCCAUUUAUUCUGAUGUGUUAUAUUCACAGGUAUAUCUAUUCAGUUCUCAUGUUUACUUUACUUUCACAAAAUCAAAGAAUUUAAUUUUAUAUCUCUUUCGCUGCUUUAUACCUUAAAAGGUUCUGGUUAAUGCGAUAUCUACCUAUAUUUAUCAAUCAACAUUCUUUAUCCGUCCCCCCCCCUCCCCUCAAAAAAA